AUGUCCGGCUUCUCAUCUCUUUUAAGGGGAGAGCCUGAUGAGAUGUCCAUUUCCGGACCAGAUCCAGAGCAAGGACCCGAGUCUGCCUCUGAAUUCUCGGGGGAGCGCCGUGGGAUUUUUGACUUACUUCGUGAUAGUUCAGAACUUGAGCCUGAGAACCGCUUUGACUUUCUUGAUGAAGAGGUUAAUUGGUACCAGAGUGUGGCUGAUCUAUCAGAUGAGCCUGAGCAUCUUUGGGCUGCAGAGCCCUCUGACUUAGGUGACGGUCCUGACAAUGAGUUGCCUGUGCCUGCUGACCGACCGUGUGACGUCAGCUUGCCAACGUUGGAGCCUCUGCCUAUGCUUUCUCCAGUGAGGUUCCAAGGCCCUGGUUCAGCUGACCCUCAGCAGAAUGCCUGGCAGGUGGAUGCAGUUUUGUUUGAUGUGAAACGGAGGCGCUUGAGUGUCCCAGCGCAACCUUGGAAGUCCGGACCUUUUGCCUUGAAGAUGCCUGGGGUUGGGUCUGCGGCUAGUUUUUUGGAUAGGGCUAGGCCCUCAGUCGGGUUAGCUGAUGUGCUUAAUCCACCACUCAACUUGCCGUUGGGUGUCAGAGAGCCAGAGCCUGUGCUGGCGUGGGUGGUCGAAUCUAGGCUUCGCCACUUUAGAGUUGAACGGUCGGAUGAGGACUUGAGGGUGCACGCCCUCGCUCGAAUCCGAACCUUAGUCAUGUUGGACCCGUUGGCUUCAAAGCUAGGAAGAAGUUUGGCAAGUGAUGUCGAACAUUUGGCCACAGAAGAGGAAAUUUCUUCUUCAUUCUCCCACGCCUUCGCGUCCAAGGCUGCCAGCACCAUCCACAAGAGGGCUGGAUCAUUGUGUAAGUUUGCAAGCUGGUGCAUGCGCGAGGGAGCAUCUCCCUUGAGGUUUGAAGAGGUGCAUUUGUAUCGCUACCUGUGUGUUCUUCAGAAAUCCGCCGGGGCUACAUCAGGAAGUCAUUUGAUUGAAGCUCUACGCUUCUUAGACUCGGUGGUGAGUCUGGUUCAGAUUGAGGUCGAGGAGGUGAUGUCUGCCAGGUGCCGUGGCGUUGCUCAGGAAAUGCAUAUGACCAAGGCUCCGCUGAAGCAAAAGAAGGCCCUAACCAGGAAGCAGGUAGAACAUCUUGAGCUUUUCACCACGCGUGCUUCCUCGAGGCAUGCCUGCAUCUCGGGACAGCUGUUGUGGUGUAUGCAUUCGGGGUCAAGGUGGAGAGACUCGCAAACCCUUCGUCACCUCGAGCUGGAGGCCCUGAUUUCAAAGACGACCUUGACCGCUAGGGCCAAAACCACUCUGCUACCUUACGUGGGAGUGGGGUUGGGCGUGUCAGGCCUGCCCUGGGCAAAAGCUUGGGUUGAUGCACGCGCUGCCGAAGGCUUGACUGAUGUGGAUCCUUUUCUGCCCACGUUUUGUGAAAGGAGAGGUUGCUGGGGUUCGCAACGAAUGUCAGCGUCGGAAGCCAGCAUUUACCUCCGCGAGUUUUUUCAAAGCAUGGAUUCGAGCUACGGAGAGCUGCGAGAGUUGGGGACUCAUUCUAUGAAGAGGACCUUGCUAAGUUGGGCGGGGAAAUCCCACCCAGUCACCUUCACUCAUCCUGAACGACGUCUCUUAGGACAUCAUCUGGAUCAGGAGAACAAAUCGGUGGUGGUCUACAGCAAGGACGCGUAUGUGGCUUUGUGCGGAAAGGUCCUUGGGAUGUAUGCCACAGUUCCUUCUGGCCUUUUUGAUCCUGAUAUGAGUGCUGUGAUGAGGAUGAAAUCCAUUGCACAGCGAGCCGCUGAUUCUGAGGUGAGUAGCUUGAGUUCGGGAUCCGAAGAGCCGACUGAGGACCUCCAGGCAUCCUUUAAGGAACGUGCCUUGAAGGUGGGGAUUUCUUCGCCAGUGCUGCAAGAGCUUCUUACUGCGGGAUUUACCACAUUUGGCAAGUUGUGCUUUGCGGUGUCUGCCAAUCCAACGCAGCUUGAUGAUACUGCCGUGGACUUGUGGGUCCGUAACGUCUUCAGCACAGCCCCUUCUCCAUAUCAGGUGUCCUGCCUUAGAAGGUUGCUGUUCGAGGCCAACAGUUUGAAUAUUGCCGAUUUGCACACUCGUGUGGAGCCUCCGGCCGAUAAUGUAGUGCGUAAGCUUCCCGCAGCGGAGCGUGCGGCCCGUGCACAGGCGCAGCAGGCUCGUCUUGCAGGAGUGGUCUUCACUCCGGAGACUAUCCCGGCUAAUGGCCCCGUGGAUCUCUUUGUGGACCAAUUGGAGUCCGAGAUUCUGCAAUACGUAGGGCCUGAACGUUGUGUGUCACGGGCCCAGGAAAUGAUGGCAGUGAAGAAGGAUAAGACCAUCAACGUCGACCAAGAUGGCCGUAUGCGAAUCAAUUCGAAGCCCAAUGACCUUCGUUGUGAAACCUCCUCUGAUGCUAGACUCCGCGCGGCGUGGAACCGCCGAUCUCUUGCCAUGGAUCUGGCGGGUGUGUGCUCAUAUAUUGAGAUCGAGAAAUGGGUGCAACAUUUGUUCUCGUGCCAGGCGCGUGAGGUGCCUAAAGGAAUGUCGCCCAUAAGCGUCAAUCAGCUAAUUCAAGCUGACCGUGCUCUCUUCAUGUAUGCCUCUGAGAAGUUGAUGGGUCGGCUUGCUGCUCCAGCUGGACAGCCCAAGCCGCUCGAUGACGUCAUUCAGGAAUUGAUGCACUCUCCGCAGGUCACUCAGUUUCUGCAGCCUGUCCCACGCCCGCCUGACCCUCCUGCCGGUUGGGAUAGCAAUGCUUGGAAGGGUAAGGGAAAGAAAGGCAAAGAAGGCAAGGACGGUAAAGGGAAGACCGGAAAGGGCACCGGUGAGGAUUGCACAUAUGCUGGAAAGCUGGAUGCGGUCGUGCGAAGCCCUACUUUGAGUGUACGCAUUCCGAUUGACAGGACAUUUGAUGACGCCGAGGCUCUCGCCGUGGAGCAGCUUGAACGCUGUAGUUGCCAUUACGUCAUUACGGAUUUUGAACAGGGUGGCUUGGUUGUCGAGGACCCUGAUGGUCCAGAGCGUGCCUGCUUCCAAGGAAAGGUCAUCCAUGGCCGGGUGAUUCCUUUUCAAAAUCAUGUCCUCGUCUUUGAUGCUCAAUCCCAGCGGCAUUGGACCCAGGCUUGGAAAGGAUGCCGGCAGGUUCUGGUGGCUUACAGCGUGCCCACUCAGGGUUUGUCUGCCGCGGACGUUAAAUUCUUACGUGACUUGGGGUUUGAGUUGCCUUCUGCGGCAACCGUUCCACGACCCAUCAGGGAUGGCCGCCCCUGGGCCAUAGAGGUUUUUGCGGGGUCCGCAGUGCUGUCUAAAGCUUGGGUCAGGGCUGGCUUUCGUGUGCUCGCCAUAGACAUUUGUGUUAGAGGUGCCCAGGUACCCAUUGCACCUUUGGAUUUAACUUCGCCGUCGGGCCUUAAAAUUUUCUGGGAUCUUGUGGCUAAGCUGCAGCCUGAAGCUAUCCAUGUUGGGGUUCCUUGUGGCACCGCUUCGCGGGCUCGUGAGAAGCGCCUUCCAGCCAAUAUUGUGGCGGCUGGGGCCCCAGAGCCCCAACCUUUGCGCGACGCUUUGCAUCCUUUGGGCCUGCCGAGUUUGUCUCCUGGAUCUCUUGACGAGCUUCGAGUUGCCAAGGCUAACCAGCUUUAUGAGCUUUCCCUUGACAUUGCCUUGUUUUGCAUCCGUCAUAACAUUGUAGUGUCCAUUGAAAAUCCGGCCAGAUCUUGGGCUUGGGCAGUCCUCGUUGAGCUCCUGCGCCAGAGGAAUUGCAGCUCUGAUUGUGCCAGCUUCAACCGCCUGCAGUCCGUCGUUUUUCACUCUUGCAUGCACGGGGGCAGCCGCCCCAAGCAAACCAAGUUGCUGUGUACCGCUGGAGUUUUUGACACCCUCAACGCCCAGUGUGAUGGGCAGCACCAACAUGAGCCCUGGUCAGUCAGGGCCAAAGGGGGUCGUUGGCAUUUUGCCACCGCCCAGGAGGCAGCCUAUCCUCCUCUUCUGGCUGCUCGCAUGGCUCGCUGCUUGCUGCUUCAUGUACAGCUUAAGCUUCCGGCCGUCCGUUGGGAGCCAGCCCUCUCAGUCGUGUCAUCUGCCGCUGUGUCGCGUCAGACUCGCAAACACGCCGCCCUGAUUCCUGAAUUUGCUCAGGUGCUCCAACUGCCUGCUUCUCAGGUUGACAAAGGCAUGCGUGUCCUUCGCGAAGUCUCGUUCCAUGGGGAGUGUGCGGGAGACUGCGAAUCCAGAGAACACGCGCAAGCUUUGAAGCACCCUUUCGAUACCCACAAUCCUGUGGCAGCUGUCACGGUGGAAGCAAUCGACUUCCUGGUGAGAUCUUCUCCGCAACAAGUGACUUUGCAUAGGAAGCUGGCCUUGCUUGAGUUACAGCUGUUGAUCAAAAAGGGUGAAAGAGAGGAGGCGGACCUCCACAGCAAGAUGCAUCCUUCCGUGGCUAAGGUGAUGCGUGGCAAAAAGAUUUUAGCCCUUAAGGCCUUGCUUGAACAAGAAGGUUAUGAUGACCUGGAAGCAAUCAAGUUCUUGACCGAGGGUGUGCAUGUUAUGGGGUCUGAACCCCCUCCUCCUGGCUUUGACAAGAAGGUGAAGGCUGCUACGCUAACUGAGCGAGACCUGCGGGAUACAGCCAAGGAGCGACGGGAAGCCAUUGUUGGCGAUGAUGCACCUGGUGAUGCCGCCAAGGCUCAACUCUUGUUCAAGGUCACGCAGGAGGAAGUCGACCUGGGCUUCCUAGACGGACCGUACACGGCUGAUGAGAUCUCAAAUUUGGUGGGACGCGACCAGUGGUGCGUCAUAAGAAGGUUCUUGCUGGAUCAAGGGUCGAAACACCGGCCUAUUGAUGAUGCCUGCCAGUCGCAAACCAAUGCCGCCUAUAGUGCUACCAUCCGAUUGGAGCUUCACAAUGCUGACUACGUAGCGUCGCUGGCCCUUCUAAUCGCCAAGAAGGCCAAAGACCAAAAGCACGGGUCCGGUGCAUGGCUGGGCAAAUGCCUGGACUUAACCAAGGCCUACAAGCAGGUAGCAUUGCACCCGGAUCAACGAGAUCUAUGCAUAACCUACUUCAGAGGACCAGGGGGAGAGGAAAAAAAUUUCCUCCCCAAUGCGCUGAUGUUCGGCGCCACAGCCGCCGUUUUUGGGUUCAUUAGGAUUAGUCGUUGUCUCUGGUUUCUGGCGAACAAAUACCUGAAGGUCCCAUCAGCUUGCUAUUUCGACGACUACCCUCUCUUCGCGCCAGAAGAGGGGGCCCAGGAGGCAGAUGAAUGCAUAAGUCAAUUCUUCACUAUGCUGGGGUGGUCUCACGCCGUCACAGGCGAAAAAGGCCCUGUCGCCUUCCAGCGGCUCCAAAAACUUUCGACACGAGUGAAGCAUGUGCUGGAGUCAAUGCCGCCCAGAGUUCUGUCGUGCAACUUUGCUUGUGAAUCAAUACUUGUGUGGACCGAUGGAUCAUGGGAAGCGGGUCACGCGGGUAUUGGUGCUUGCAUCUGGGAUCCCUUGAAACAGCGUGGACAUGUUCUAGGAGGUGUGGCUCCAGCUUGGGCGAUUGAGUCGUGGAAGGAGGACUUCGAUGCUCGGGAUGGCGAGCCUCAACUUAUAUGCCACAUUGAGUUGCUCGUUCUAGUGGCGGUAAGAUGGAUGUUCCAAGAUCAAUUCCUGAACAGGCGAGUGAUCAUGUUCGUCGACAAUGACGCCGCUCGGUAUGCCAUUCUGAAGGGUGGAAGUGGAAGUGACGGGAUGAACAACUUAGUCCAGUUGUUCGACCUUCCUGAUCUAAAGUUUCCGUCCCUGUAUUGGAUUGACCGUGUACCGUCAAUUAGCAAUAUUGCGCAUGGCCCUUCCAGAGAUGACUUUGCUUUGGCGCUCAAGUUGAUGAAGGCCACUUGCGUGGAAGCCUUCGCUUGGCAUGACGAGCUUAAGACUUCAGUCAUUACAAGGCGCAAGAG